AUGCCGCUCUGCGUCUCCGCAUGCAGCGUUGCAGAGCGCCCAAAGGAUGUCAACGUGGUUGAAAAGGCGGGCUGGAACACGGACAAGGACACCGGCGGCGUUGCCACGCUUGCGCGCCCCGAGUCUGGGGACGGCGCGGCCAGCGGCAGCACGAGCCCGCCCGGCGGAAACUUCCGGCUGCUGCUCGUCGACGCGCCCUCGCACACCGAGCAGAGGGUGGUGUCCGGGAUCUGCGGCGUCGUGCGCGGCGUGGACGAGACGCACGCGCGCAACUGCUACCAGACCAGCAAGCAGCUGGGCAUGGCGAUCGUGGUCAGCUGCCUGAAGGAGCACGCCGAGUUCUACCGCCAGCAGCUCUACCUGCACGGCCUCAAGACAGCCAUCGAGCCGGACAGGUCAACUGCCUGA